AUGACCCAAGUUUCUCGUGCUUCUACUUCUUCUCUUCCAGGCCCAGCGACAGCGCCAGGGGCUCAUAUGCCUGCACAAGACAUACCAUUACAGUCUCUGUCGCCUCUCAACACCACCAGCAGUGUAAUGGUAGACGAGAAAGCGAAGCGAGACCAGGCUUGGAAAUUUGAGGGCUACAAAGCUUUCAGCAAAUGGAUGGCUUCAGAAGAUGACUUUUUUGUGUUCCGCCGUUUCGAAAGCUUGAACGCAGGCACGAUUCUGUGGAUGCAAGAUCACAUUUCCCAAUUGGAAAGCAGGUUGCACCAGAUCCAUAAGGAUAUCGAAGAGUCAAAGCCGGAACAGUCAUUGAAGAACUGUAGCUUCCGAUGGGACGCGAAGUACAUGCAAGAACGAAAUAUGAUCAUGAGCGAAUUGUCCCGUCAACUGCUACACUAUAACCAGUACAUAGACUCUUUCUCGAAGGUCCGCGCCCGACCUCGAGCGAAGCCCCGCCAAAUUCGGAAUGUUUGUAACUGGCUUGCGCGCGAUGCAAUUGACCCUGACGAGGCGGCGUUCAUCGAUCACAAGAGUGAUUUGAUAUCAAUCAAUUCACGCAACCGUCCACCAUUGGGGCAAUGGCUCGAAGCCUGUUCGAAGCUGCAUUUUUUCAAACUCUUCAAAGCAAAACAGUUGGACGACCUACACGUACAAUCUGCUUCAACAACGUACUCUGACAAUACGAAAUUCGAAGGAUUUACUAACAUCAGUAUCAUAUUGAUAGGGUUGGUUAUGUUAUUGGCACCGAUGUGGUGGCUGGAAUACGUUUCGACAAGCGAGACACGGUUGAAAAUCAUUACUGGGUUCAUAGUUGCCUUCAUUGCCAUGAUGUCGACAGCGACGAUCAACAGGCCUUUCGAGGUUGUAGCUGCAACCGCUGCGUAUGCGGCAGUUUUGAUGGUGUUCAUGCAAAUG